AAAUUCAAAUUUAAAUCCAACCGUCCAAUUACUACCUCUUGGUUUGGCAAGUAAUCUCCAUUAAUAUCCAGAUUGGCCAGACGGCCUGUAUCUAACCUGGCUGAAGCGUGAGUUGAAGAAGAAGAAGAAGAAGAAAAAGAAAAGGAUCCGCUUCAAAUAUGGAGAAUCCCUUAAUGCAUUUUCCUCAACCCUCCCUCGUCGAUCAACCUCCAGCACCAGUAGGCCCUCCUUCUUCUUUGGCGGUGUCUUCAGCGUGCCCCUUGGAUCGUUCAUCUGCUUCUAGACCUUCAGGACCCUUAAUGUAUAAGAAUCGGUUACAAGAAUUUACACAACGAUCAUCUAUACAGCUUCCAGUGUAUCAAACUUUUAAUGAAGGACCUAUGCAUGCACCAAAGUUUCGGUCAACUGUGUUAGUUGAUGGUGUAACAUAUACUUCUGAGAGCACCUUUUCAAAUAUAAAAGCUGCUGAACAGGAUGUUGCCAAACAUGCACUGGAGUGUAUAUCGAAGAAAUUAAAAGAUGAAGGCUGUUCUCUCGAUCAAGUGGAUAUCAUGUUGUGCAAGUCUAUCUUGAAUGAAUUUGUGGUCAAGACGAAUCUGGAAUUGCCAGCUUACACUACCAUUCAGUCUGAAGGAUUGCCUCCCGUUUUUGUGUCUACUUUGGUUCUCAAUGGUGCAACUUACAGAGGGGAAACUGGUAGAACUAAGAAAGAGGCUGAACAAUUAGCUGCACGUGCUGUCAUCCAAUCCCUUCUUGUUGAUGAUAGGUAUGUGAUAGUUGUUUCAGAGAUCAUCAGAUCCAAAACUAAACUUCAGAAUGCCUCGAAUAAAGUCAAGGAUUCGAACAUUGUCAAUUUCGACACUACACUUGCCGAGGCAAACAGAGUGAUCCACAACAAUGAAGAGGUUGAAGUUACUGUAACCACUAACUGUGUGCCAGCUAGUGCAUCUCUACAGCCAAGCUCGGGAGCAAAACAUCCUCGCCAUGAAUUCAAGAAUCCAACUGUAGGACAAGGUACUGAGCGCAUUGAUCUUCCAAUUGCUUUUGUGCCUUCUGCCGUUGGACAGGCUUCAAUUGGUGAACACUCAUCAAGAAAGUCACAGAAGAAGAAGAAAAAACGGGCUAGACUAAAUGCUGAUACUCGGUUGGCUGUUGCUGGUAUCCCAUUCAAUCAAACCACACCGUGUUCACUUGCUCCCUGAACCUGGACAGUUGCUAGUUUGCAUUAUAUAGCUAGUAGUUUGUUAGAUUUGGCAAAAACCAUGGUUAUGGUUCUCAGAUAAUAAGAAGUAUUGUUGUUCUGUAGUAAAAUUAACUGUUUAAUGUUUUUAUCUUCUA